GGUGACUUUUAGUUUCCAAAAUUUAAACCUCUAAUAUCUAUAUACAUGUUACUUGUACUGUGGUACAGAUCAUUUUCCACAUCAAGAUUCGACUUUAAUCUCGUCAAACGAUUCCACGUAUCAAAAUCAAUCUCUCAUCCCCGUUUUUUCAAAUUUAGACACAGCGGAUCCAAGUAUUCUGAUUCUCAACGGAUUUACUCUGCUUUCAAUUCUUUUUCCACUUCACUGUUGCCUCGUGUAACGGAUAAGUCGAUAUCUUUUGCAAUUCUUUUCUCACUUCAAUUGCUUAAGUGUAUCUUUACAGAUAAGAAGACAGAAAGUCAAGCAUCCUCAAGUUUGUGGCUCGUUAAAACUACCGUUGCCAAUGAAACCAGGUUUCCUUUACUCAAAGAUUUACAAGAUUUCAAGUUUAAAUAUCUCAAUUCAUAAUUAUAGAAUCUUACGAAAAAUAUUCAUUCUGCUAUACUUACAAUGUCACCUAAAAUUAUAAAUUUACAAUUAUAAA